GACAUCUGUUGAGGCGUACAUUAUUCGAGUAUACCGUUGUUAUGGUAACAUUUUGGCAAUUAUAAGAAUGAAUGAGGAAGAGGAAUCACCAAAACCUCGAAGCAUAUUUAUCAGUGAAAUAGACUGCUUCGUGGGUAGGAGUAUCGGAAAAUAUUUAGCAACACAAAUUCCUGGUGUUGGGGUUGAGGAAGUAUUUCAGGAUUCAGACCUGGCAGCUGAGAAUCAUUGGGAAGCUAGUGAACCUCCUGCUCCGAAGAAAAACUGUUUCACAAUAAAUGGUACACUUCGGUACUCCAAGUCAAAGAAACCAUCCUUUGCAAAGGAUAUUUUAGAUUAUGAAGAUCGUCAUAAGUUUCUCGAGCACGUGUUGGAACUCGAUGUUAUUAUAUAUGACAUAACAGAAAAUCCCGAUCAGAUAAAAGAAGUUCUAUGGCUGCUGGAAGCCCUGGAGCAACAAUCAAGAGAGUUCGUUACACAAAAGAAAUUUUUUCUCAUUACAAAUUUAAUGAGCUGGCUGUCAACGAAGCCAAGUGACCCGGAUGAUCCAGGAUUUAUGGAAUCAGAAUAUAGGCGUCGUAAACCGCAUCCAAAGUAUAAAGAUUAUUUAGAGUGUGAAAAGUUAACAUUAAAAGCCGGUAAAAAGCAUAAAAAGAAACUUACCACUUAUGUAUUAGCAUGUGGAGUAUUUUAUGGAUGUGGAGAGUACAUGUUUCAACAUUUAUUUAAAAAAGCUUGGUUAACACAAAAUGAAUUACCAAUUUAUCUGAUUGGGGAAAAUAUAUUACCAACUGUGCAUAUAUUAGACUUGGCAAGAGUAAUUCAGUGUAUCAUUGAUAAUCCACCCAGACAACGUUAUAUAGUUGUACGGGAUGAUAGUCAAUUUACCUUGUCAGAGAUUGUAAAAUCUAUAUCGUUGGCUUUAUCGAAUGGCGCUACAAAGAUAUACACAAAGGAAGAUAUGGAGUUAAAAGGAAUACCGCCUGAAUUAACUGAUAUUCUCACAAUGAAUCUUCGUAUAGAACCUGGUACAAUUAAAGAAGAUAUGCAGUUCCAAUGGGUAGCUGACAGUGGAAUACCAAAUAACAUAACACAAUUGGUCAAUGAAUUUACUGAGGAACACAAUUUGAAGCCAUUGCGUAUAUGUAUUCUUGGUCCACCAUGUGUUGGUAAAACAACCUUAGCUAAGCAACUUUGUCAAGUUUAUCGUCUACAUCAUAUACACUUAAAAGGAUUACUAUUUGAAUGUAUUCGAAAUUUGCUUGAACCAAUCAAAGCAUUUGAACAUCUUCAGGCUAUUCGUGAAGAAGAACGCCUUAAAACUGAAAUGACAUCUGAAGUUGAUUUAGAGUCAACUGAAAGAGCACUACCUCAUCGAAAUUCUAGUGUCAGUGAGUCAUCUUUAGGUGCAAAUGAUACUAAGGCAUUAGCUACUGGGUCUGCAACAGCUUAUGAUUUCACUUCAUCUUUAAAUUGGUCAGCAAGAUCUUUUCAUCCAAGAAAUAUAACAAUGGAAUAUGAUGAAUCUGAAGAUUAUAAAAAUACUCUGACUGGAGAUGAAAUCACCUCUAUCAGGAAGUCAAGUAUUAAUGAAAUAUUGGCUGAUUUAGAAUACUAUCCGCUUAGUCCAUUACCAGUAUGGAAUUCUGAAGAUGAACUGGAAUUAUUGGUUAAUGAUUGUCAAGAACGUUUAGAACAAUUACGAGAAAAUACUGAUGAAUCUGGUAAACUGAAUGACGAAACACUUAUACGAUUAUUAAUUCAAAAACUGAUGUCGAAACCAUGCCAGAAUCAAGGAUUUGUUUUAGAUGGUUUCCCAAAAACAUUGGAACAAGCUGAAGCUUUAUUUAGGCCUGAUCCAGAAGAUGAGGAUAUACUCGGCAAUGAUAAAUUUCCACCAUCUCAUCGUUUAAUUACACCGAAUUAUGUAGUUCAUUUAAUGGGUAGUAAUGCUCUUGUAAUGGAUCGAUUCAACAAACAAUCAACACAAGCUAGUCUUAAUCCUGAACAAGCAUUUGUUAUCUUACCAAUAUGGAAAGCUUGCCUAAUGGGUGAUAAGUAUAUGCCUUAUGAAGUCAGUAAAAAAAAUUUACGUAUAAGUGUGGAGAAUGAACGAGAAGAUGAAUCCAAACAUGGACAACAUCAAUACAAUCAGGUAGACAGUACUGAUGAAUAUGGACAUUUCAAAGAAAUGGAUGUAUUGAAAGGCUUAGAAACACAAAAACAAAGACAUGAACGUCGUUUACAAGCAUAUCGUGCAGCUAUGGCACCAGCUGCUGCAGUCCUAUAUGCUGCGCUUAUUGAUGAAGCUAAUUUACUCUAUGGAGAAAAAGAGGAAGAACGUAGACAAACACAUACCCCUGAAGAACUUAAAACACUGGCAGCAGAAUCAUUAAAAGAAACAGUAGCAGUAACAAAAGAAGGUGAAACAGAAGAUGAAGUGAAAACAAGAAAAGAAGAAGACUGGCUAAGAGAAGAUGACAAAAAUUACGAAAUUCAACAACCUCAUGAAAAAGGAAGUGAAGUUAAUAUCACCAAGGUAGAUGAGAGAGAUAAAGAGAAAGAAGACAAUGAUGACCGCGAAGGAGAGGAGGAUAUGAUAAAGACUAUUGAAGAAGAACAUACAGUAACUGAAUCAACUUUAGCAGAAUUAAGAUUUGCACAUAUUCCAUCAUUUCCAGAAAUUCCAGAUGAUACUGAAGAAAAUGUAUUGACGUAUUUUGAUAUAAGAGAAAUUCACCCUAUUAACAUUGAUAUGGAUAAAGAUUUCAGUCCACUUAUCCAUCCCAAUGGUCCUCAAGAAGAUUGUUUCGAAAGAGUACGUAAAGCAAUUGGGCGUUCUAAAGCUCAGAAACUACCAUCCAUCAGAAUUUUACCAUCAAAACCACAUGAAUAUGAAGUACAAGAAAAAGCUUUAAAAGGUUUGAAAGAAUUACAACUUAGAAAGUUGAAGAUAUCUGAAAGUCAAAGAUAUCAGGAGAACGAAGAAGAAAGGAAAUUACUGCAAAAAUGCAAAGAUGAUUGGAAUAGGUGGCUUUCUUUACUGAAUACACAGAAUUACCAGUAUGCUGAAGCACGAUCACUACCAAUGCGUCAUUAUCUAAUGAAAUGUAUUAUGCCUGAAUUAUCAAAGGCUUUAUUGGAAUGCUCUGAAAUACGACCUGAAGAUCCAGUCGAUUUUGUGGCUGAAUAUUUAUUGAGAACGGGGACUUCAAAGUAAAGUUAUAUAUGCUAGAAUAUUAUCAUGAUAAUCAAGAGAAUGUAGUGUUCAUUUAAAGUUGUAUAAUAAUAAUUCAAUGUUCAAUGC